UGAGUAUAAUGUUUGAAAAUUAUUUUCAUAAUCUCCAGUAGUACCUAAAAGGAAGGUUACAUUAUCUACAUGACUCCCUUGAGAAAAGUUCAAAAGAAGACGAUGAGUAAUGAGGAAAUGUUUCUGGUCCGGCAACUCACAUAUUUGAGAAGAAAGGAGAGUCGAUUAAGGUGCAGAAACAUUGCUUUGAAGGAGAAAGUGAUGAUGUUGAAGAAAUCAAACAAUUUGGAAUGCCUCAACAAGGUUCGAGGAGGUACCAAAAUGAGGAAUGUUUUAGCUCAUAUGAAAAAGUUCCAUGAGAAUAAAUCCGAUGAUAUAUGUUGCAUUUGGACAGGAUGUGGACCAUCUGUAGAAAAAGCAAUUUCUUGUGCUGAAAUUACUAAGAGAAACUAUGACUAUAAGUUACACCAAGUAACUAAAAUUUGCUACAAAACUGUCCAUGAAUAUUGGGAUCCGAUAAAUCCAGAUUUGGAUCAACUAGUUGUAACAAGGAAAGUACCUAUGGUGCAUAUAUAUUUAUCUAGUAAACCACUGGACACAUCGGAAUCAGGUUAUCAAGCCCCUGGACCAUUUGCCCCAUAGAGGAAAGAGAAAAGAGUGCCGGCUCAUAAGUCGUGAUUGCACCCUCAUCGGCAGUUGGUUUUCCUUCAUUGAAAAUUGAUAAUUAACUAUAACAUUAUCAAUUACAGUUUAUCAAAUCGUGCAAUAUUUCAGCGAAAGUUCGCUGUGAAUACUUGCUUUCAGAAAUUGUACUCAAUGAAUAUUGAAAUAUUUUUUUACACAUUAUAAUACGUAAGAUUUUCAUUAGCUGAAGGUAAUGAAAUAGUUUUGUAAUGUAAGAUCAAAUAUUAUAUUGUAUUAUCAAUUGAAUUGAACAAAAGAACAUCCAAUUUGGAGAUACA